UUCGGGGAAACAGUCAACAUCAGUCUCAUGAGCUUGGCUGUGUCUGACCUGGGCAGCUUGUUGACCUUAGUUUGGGAGAGUAUCACCUUGAACCCUUAUUUCAUAAUUGCACCAAUUCCGUUUGACAGUGAGGAUGUGCGAUACUUGACGGCAGCUGUACCGCACGCCAUAUUUGUUCGCAUCGCCUGGUGGAUCACCGCCUUCGUCACGUUCGAAAGGUGCCUAUGUAUAGUCAUACCACUCAAAGUCAAGCAGGUCAUCACAGCUCGAAGGACCCUAGUCAUCAAUCUGACCAUUUUCGUGGUCAACUUUCUCUGUCUGUGUCCUAUCUUCAUAUGUCGGUCUUUAGCAAAAAAAAACUCCACUUCCACUCGUGUAGAAACUGUCUAUUGCACAGAUGACUACUUCCCUAUUGAGAAGAUUGGCUUCACAUUCAACGUCGUAUCGCAGUUCUCCGCCUUCAUAAUUGACCUCGUCUGCACCAUCGCCAUCAUCCAGAUUCUAAGCAUGAAAUCAAAAUGGAGGAGCGAAACAGCCAGCACUUCCGCUUCCGGCUCCAAGGCAGGGUUCGCGUCACGUGACAAGAAGAUCAUCAAGAUGAUUGGUCUGAUCUCUGGGAUCUUUAUCCUUUGUUCCAUGCCCAGCUGUGUGAACUAUGCUGUUACGGUCACGUUUUGGGAAUACAGCCAGGACAAACGGUACAUUAACAUAAAUCUGAUGAUGUGGGCGUUGAUUGUAGCCCUAGAGGCGAUCAACAGCUCCGUUACCAUCUUGGUAUAUUACAACAUGAGUAGCAAGUACAAGAUGGUCUUCAAACAAAUGUUUUCCAAGAAAGAACAAGUUUCCCGUGAAAAACAUUAAAGGGGAAAAAAAAAGAGUUUUGGUCGUCAAUACAAAUUAUGUUUAUGUACAUACUAUCUUGUUUAAGCCUGUUAUUAUGCAAAAAUGUUUUGCUAACGGUAUACGCUAUAAAGUUAUUCUUGUUUAAACGUAUUUGUAUAUUCAC